AUGAGUGAUGCGUCAAACAAUAGUCUUUCUUGUGGCGAAAGCACAUCUUCGGUUCCAUUGGCACUAUUCUCCAUAUCUGACAUGACUAUGAUCAUAUCUAUUGUUAGUUUUUUCACAGCGCUGUUAUUUGCAACGUCCUGGAGCUGGGAAAUACGCUCAUUUCUUCCUAAACUAGCUUCUGUGCUUGUUGUGUUCGAGAUUAUUUGUAUGGUACUACUUCACGACUGGCUAACUAUUUCCAACAAACACGCUACCGCUUCAGUUGUCGUUACUAUGCUUGAAUGGACAGCAGAUACGGCUUGGAGACUUAUCGUGACGAUAUUUAUAUAUCUUCGAAUCACCGAUCUCAGCACCCACUUUGAAAGCUCCAUUACCACUGCUGUCAUCCGCGUUGUUGGUUGGUGCGUUAUGGCAUACCAUUUAGCUUUAUUUUGCUUUUAUAUCCUCAGUCUUUUUUCAAGUUUCUACCAUACAGCCAUUAUUCCCAGUACAUAUGCACACAUUGCAGGAAAUAUGCAUAUGUUUGGCAAUACCAUUUCAGGUUUAUUAGAACUCUAUGCAGCGUUUGAAAUCUGGAAAAACCGACACUAUAUGGCAAGAGAUAAUAUCUAUGAUUUAAAACAUUACGAUAUUGCUCGAACCACCUUAUGUCUCGUUAUAUCACCACUAUUAUCAUUGUACAGUGGGGUCAUAUAUGCAUUGGGGUUCGAUGCAGGAUUGAAUCGUUACUUUUGUUUGACUAUGGCUCGCAUGAUUCUGCUCAGUAUCUUCAACUCGAGUAAAACAUGUCUUUUGCUGGACACUUACACUAGCGAGCUACAGGCUGCACAGUUGAAAAAGCAUACCAGUUCUGGACUCGAGUUCCAUAAGGGAAGCAUGGCAUGGGGAGCCGCUUCAGAUAUGUGCGGUGUUGAGCCAGCAAAACCAACAAGUGUCCAUUCAGCGUCAAUGCAUAAAAGUUCCUUUUAUGCUCCUGUAAAACGACCUAGUCAAGUUGCAAGCGAUCUUAUAAGUCCUCCUAAAUCUGCAGCAAAAAAACCAGAAUUUCGAGCUUGCUCAGUUGUUGGCAUACUGCCAUCAAUGGAUACUGCUUCGCUUGAAUAUCCUGCGUCUCGACAGGAAUCGGCUCGUGAAAUGUCGGCUACUCUAGAAUCAUUCUAUGGUAAAACAGUCAUGUCAUCUUCCUUUGAAGAUGAGGAAAGCUAA